AUGAGAGUAAAUUGUUCCAGCAGCUCAGCCUGCGCUGCCAACAGUUCAGAGGAGCUGCCAGAGGGGCUGGAGGUACCUGGGAACCUGGAACUUGUUUUCACAGUGCUGUCAGCUGUGAUGAUGGCCUUGCUCAUGUUCUCCUUGGGAUGCUCAGUGGAGAUCCAGAAGCUGUGGGCACACAUCAGGAGACCGUGGGGCAUUGCUGUGGGGCUGCUUUGCCAGUUUGGGCUCAUGCCUCUCACAGCCUAUCUCCUGGCUCUCAGCUUCUCCUUGAAGCCAAGGCAGGCUGCUGCUGUUCUCAUCCUGGGGUGCUGCCCAGGAGGCACCAUCUCUAACAUUUUCACCUUCUGGCUUGAUGGAGAUAUGGAUCUCAGCAUUAGUAUGACAACCUGUUCCACAGUGGCUGCCUUGGGAAUGAUGCCACUCUGCCUGUAUCUCUACACCUUGUCCUGGAAUCUUGAGCAGAAUUUCACCAUCCCGUACCAGAACAUAGGAAUUACUCUUCUGUGCCUGACUAUUCCUGUGGCCUCUGGCGUCUGGGUGAAUUAUAGAUGGCCAAAGCAAUCCAAAGUCAUUCUCAAGAUUGGGACCAUUGUUGGUGGGGUCCUCCUCCUGGUGGUUGCAGGAGCUGGUGUGGUGCUGGUGAAAGGAUCUUGGAAUUCAGACAUCACUCUUCUGAUCAUCAGUUUCAUCUUUCCUUUGAUUGGCCAUGUCGCAGGCUUCCUGCUGGCAAUUCUUACCCACCAAUCUUGGCAGAGGUGCAGGACGAUUUCCUUAGAAACUGGAGCUCAGAAUAUUCAGAUGUGUAUCACCAUGCUCCAGUUGUCUUUUGCAGCUGAGCAACUGGUCCAGAUGCUGAGCUUCCCAUUGGCCUAUGGGCUUUUCCAAAUCUUGGAUGGAUUUUUCAUUGUUGCAGCAUAUAAGAUGUACAAGAGGAGACUGAAGAAUAAACACAGAGGAAAGAACUCAGGUUGUGUAGAAGCCUACCAUAAGAAGAGAUCCACUUCUCCCAAAGAGACCAGUGCUUUCUUGGAGGUGAAUGAAGAAGUUGCCACUGUAACUCUUGAGCUACCAGGACCGAUGAAUCUCCACAGGGCUCUUGAGGCAACCGGCCACGUCUCUUCCAUGCAUUGUAGGGGCUUGCUGGCCUGACUGGGGUUUAAUUUUCCCACCAUAUAAGAGAAAUCGUAGCAGAAUAAAUCUCCUGAUCUUA